GGUAUGGAUCAGUUUCUGAAAACGAACAAACAUUUUUUUUACCAUCAAUAUGAAAAACGCAAACCAUGUUGUGGUCAAUUGCACGGCUGUGCCAUUAAAGGAAACAUGGAUAAGCAAAUUUUCAAUAAAGUUUACUUGAAAAAUGGAGAAACAGAUACUUCUUCCUGUUUAGAUAGAUAUGUUCCAAAGACAGUUUCUGUUGAUAAUUUGGAUUUAAGUGAUCUGAAUUUUUUUUUGUGGAACAAAGGGUCGCUGUCGUCACAGGAACGACAAUUUAUGCAAUCUAUUAUGUUGGUUAGGGGCCAUAUUUGCCAUCCACCUUCAACAAAUAUCUAUUCAAACACUGAACUUACGCAGAUGUGGACAACUUUGGGAGACGCGAUAGAACAUUUUGCUGAACCACCACGAUACAAGAAAAUGGUAGUGAUGCAGAUACAAACUUUAAAAACGACACGACUGAGUGAAGUAGAAGCUGACCAGAUUUUACAGAGAAUGGAAAACAUGAAACAGGAGAUUAUAACCAAUUCAGAGAAUAUUUGCAAUCAUGUAACUGAGGAAAUAGGGUUGGUUCUCGACUAUCAAAAAGAAUGUAGCAAAGCCAUAGUACAUCAGACAACAGUAGCAACAGAACAAGUUGUAUCAUCAAGUUCGAAAAAUAUAUUGCAACAUUCAACAAAAUGCCAGGAAAGCAUACAAAAAACUGUUGAAUCAAAAACCACUGAAAUUCAAAAUGAAUUAAUCGCUUAUCAGUCAACUACUGUGGAAAAAUUAGAAUCAACCGAAGAAACAAUUAAAAAUCUUAUCAGCAAAGACUCAACAGAUUUCCGAGACUCUCAUAACAAUCUACUUAAAUCAGUACAACACGUUGAUCAACGUAUAGAAAGUAGUGUAUCAACUGUGUGUCAAACCAUUGAAUCCAGCGAGAUGAAAAUUAAGCAAGAAAUGACAAAUGUAUCACAGGUGCAAGAGGAAUGGCAAGAGGCAAUAGUGAAGAAAUUAACAAAUACGGAUGAUAAUAUUGAAAAUAAUUCUCAAACCGUUCAGAAUCAACUAACCAAACAGGAACUGGAAAUAUUAGAUUUGAAAGAGAAGAUCGAUUCCUUAAACAGAGCACAAGAAAAAAUUAUUGGAAUACUAGGAAAUCAGAGAAUCCAGGUGUCAGUGUAUUUACCAAGAGAAAAUAUUUUGACAUCCAAUGAGAGUGGUGAUCGUCAUAUCAAGCUAGAGAGUAAAAUGAAUUCUGAUUGCUUUACGGAAUGGAACGAAAAUUUGAUUAUUACAAGUCUCCCGACCGAAAUUGAUCUUGAAUCAAAUACAGAUAAGAAUAUACCUGUGCUGUCACGAAUAUUUGUUGAAGCAAAGAAAAAAAGUAGUAUAAUUCUUGAUUUGAAAAUAACGUCUGAAAUAUUCAAAAGUUCAAAAACAUUGCGGUCUGCACUUAUAGUUCUCGUACAAAAGAUAUUGGAAGCAGGAGAAAUUGAUACAGACAUUAAAGCUACUAUCACCCUAAAACUCAAUAUAGAAAGUAACCUCUCUAAACAUGAGAUUAAUGUUCUGAUCGAUUUAAUCAGACAAGAAAGCACAAGUGAAAGGGUGAUAUUAAGUCCCCAGAAAGAACCUGACAAAACUAAUGAACAAACUGGUAUUAUUGAAAAAGACAAAAUGGAAAGUACCGAAAAGGAAAAAGAUACGAGAACGUCAACCUGUAUGUAUUGUAUUGAAAAAGACAAAAGAAUAACUGAAAUAGAGCAAGAUAUCGAGAAUUUAUAUCUAAAGGUGUGCCUGCAUCGUUCGAUAACCGGACAUCAUGAUAGUAAAGCAAAGGGUAAUUAA